AUGUCGCAAUACUUCUUCGAUCUCCUCUACACUUUCACAGACUGCAUGUGCUGUUUCCCCAACUCCCCGCAACUCAAGAUCAACAACAGGAGUUUCAAGCUACUCCGACUACUAGGAGAGGGCGGCUUUUCCUACGUCUACCUCGUCCAGGACAAGAACACGUCUGAGCUUUUCGCCCUCAAAAAGAUCCGCUGCCCUUUCGGUCAGGAAUCCGUCUCCCAGGCCCUCAAAGAGGUAGAAGCAUACAGCCUCUUCUCCCCAAAUAGAUACAUCAUCCACUCCAUUGACUACUGCGUUUCCACCGAAUCUGGCUCCAAAUUCCGCGCCGAUGGCGGCGAUCCGGGUUCCAAAACCGUCUACAUCCUCCUCCCUUACUACCAGCGCGGCAACCUGCAAGAUGCCAUCAAUGCCAAUCUGGUCAAUCAUACCUCGUUCCCGGAGAAGAAGCUCAUGACAUUUAUGCUGGGCGUGGCCAAGGCGCUGAAGGCCAUGCAUCAAUAUCGUGUAAGAAGUGGUGCGAGCGCGGUCAAGAAAGCGAAGAUAGUCAGGAAUGAUGCUGAGGCAGCGGAUGCGGAAGCGGCGGCAUCUCGUGGGCGGCCAGCGAGAAGGGUUAGCCGUCGCGAUAGCGAUGAUACGGAACAUGAGCCGUUGAUGGAUGGGGAGGUUACGAUUAGCCAGGAGGGGGUGGACGAGGGUGAUUUCCGCCCCUAUGCGCACAGAGAUAUAAAACCAGGCUCCCUCGCUCCCAGCCCAAUCGCAAUAACUUCCCGGUCCCUCGCCCUAGCAGUCCAAGACACAGCUGCUGAGCACUCCACAAUGCCCUACCGCGCCCCCGAACUCUUCGACGUGAAAACGGGAUCCAUCAUCGAUACUAAGGUCGAUAUCUGGUCACUAGGCUGCACCAUAUAUGCGUGUCUGGUGGGGAAAAGCCCCUUCGAAGCGCGUAGUGAGGAGACUGGUGGUAGUUUGAGUAUGUGCGUGCUAGGUGGUGAUUGGAGGUUUCCGGAUGAGAAGAGUGCUGGCCAAAAGGGAAAAGGUACUGCCAGCGCAGGCACUGGUAGUGCGGGUGUUGGUGAAGGGGAAGGAAGUGCGGCUGCUGUUGAUGGUGAAACCGGUUCCCCCGCUAGGAAAGGGGGCAUUAGCGAGGCGUCGAAGGAGGUGGUGAGGAGAUGUUUGCAGGUUGAGCCAGCUGAUCGACCUGAUGUUGAUGAGUUGAUUGAGCUUUUGAAGACUACUAUUGAGAAGUUGCCAGAUGACGAAUGA